AUGCGUCUCUCCACCUUAGCUCUUCUAGCCACCCCUGCUCUCGCAGCACCAGGUUUACUCAACUUCCAGUCCCCUUCCGAGAUCGCUUCGCAAGCUAUCGAUACCGCCCAAUCAUGGUUGCAAGAUAGCGUAUCUUCAGCCAAGGAGAAGUGGGAUUUCUUAGAGAAUGACUCGGUGGAGGAGUCGUUGAAGGUUGAGAACAUCGAGAAGGAUGGUAUUGAAUACUUGACCCUCUCCCACUCUGCAUUCCCUCAACACAAACUCAGAGUGGUCAAACCCGAACUAUGCGAUCCAACCGUCAACCAACUUUCGGGUUAUCUAGAUAUAAGCGAGACCAAACACUUAUUCUUCUGGUUCGAGGAAUCAAGAUCAAACCCUAAGAAAGAUCCCCUUGUGCUAUGGCUGAACGGUGGUCCAGGUUGCUCAUCCAUUACCGGAUUGCUAUUCGAACUUGGUGGAUGUAACAUCGCAGAAAAGGGCGAAAAUGUUACGUUCAACGAGAACAGUUGGAACAAUGUUGCAAAUGUCUUAUACUUAGAUCAACCAAUCGGUGUGGGAUACUCUUACUCUGAUGGAGGAGAACAAGUCAACAACUCCCCUGCGGCCGCUGAAGACGUUUAUGCUUUUUUGAUCUUAUUCAUCUCUCAAUUCCGAGAAUACUCUAAACAGCAAUUCCACAUUGCCGGUGAAUCCUAUGCUGGUACUUAUAUUCCAAACAUCGCAAGCGUCAUCUACAAGAACAACCUCGCUUUGGAUCUCGCUCCUACACCCGGCGUACCUAAACUCAACUUCGCAUCAGUCAUGAUCGGAAAUGGAUUGACUGAUCCUCAUGCUCAAUUUGGUUCUGUUCCAGAUUGGGCAUGUGACCAUUCCCUUUCUCACUAUGCUCCAUACGAAGAUCCCGAAGGUUCAGAAUGUGUAUCUCUCAGAGCCAAAGCUCCAAGAUGUCAAAACCUCAUCUCAAGUUGUUAUAGGACAAAUUCGAAAUUCGCUUGUGUGCCUGCUGCGUUGUAUUGCUGGAGUCUGUUCAAUGAAAUGCAACAACUUGGUUUGAACAUGUAUGACGUUAGAAGGAAAUGUGAUAAAUCGAAAGAUGCAGAUGGACCAUUAUGUUACAAAGAGAUGUCAUGGAUGGAAACGUACUUGAACAAACCUGAAAUCAAGAAACAAUUAGGUGCUCCUGAUAAUGUAGAAUUCCAAAGUUGUAACAUGCAAAUUAACCAGAAUUUCCUUUUGCAAGGUGAUGCCACCCAUAACAGCGGAGCAUUGUUGAACGAUCUAGUAAAUAGUGGAAUUAGAGUAUUGAUCUAUUCAGGUGAAGCUGAUAUGCUCGUAAAUGCCAUUGGAUGUUCUCGAGUAGUCGAUAACCUCGAGACCAAAUAUUCUUCAGCAUAUGCCAAAGCCCACAAAAAGGUAUUCGUAGAUGCGAAGAAUGUGACCGCGGGAUGGACCAAGUCUGCUGGUAAAGGUGCAGGUAACUUGGCUUUUGUCUCAUUUAGGAAUGCUGGACAUAUGGUCCCUCAUGAUGAUCCCGUUGGAGCUUUGACGAUGAUCUCCAGAUGGAUCAAGAACGAACCUCUAGCUUAA